AUGCCGCGCAAGAAAUAUCAGCCCCGGUCAGUCUUCUUCUCCCUCCCGCAGGAGAUCAAGCGAAACUUGCGCGCACAGCCCAAGGUAGAGGUGGUCGCCGACGUCGAGGACCGCGACGACAGCCCGGGGCCGAGCUCGCGCCGUGACUUGUUAUCGACACAGCCGCCGGCUGACGACUCCUCGAGUGAUGACGGCGAGGAGGGCGGGGACGAGGCUGGAGAGGCCGAGUCCAGUGCUGGGCCUAGCAGCGUAGGUGUACUCUCGGGUAGUGGUACGCCUGCUCCUCCGGGUGAGACGGCGGACAACAGCGCAAACGGCGACGACGACAGCGACAUGCAGAUGGACGACGAGGAGGAAGGUGCGAAUCUCCCACCACUGGCACCCCAGGUCUCGUCCACGCUGGGUAUCCUAUCGUCUUCCUCCUCAUCAGUCUUGUCAACCUCGUCGUCGGAUUCGGACUCAUCCUCGGCCUCGUCUUCCUCCGACUCGGACGCCGAGUCUUCCGCUUCGGCGGCUUCCUCAUCGUCGGCAGCGUCUUCCUCGGCCGCCCCACCAGCGCCCGCUGCGCCCCCCAUUCCGGCACCUAAGACCAUCGUCCUGUCCAAGCGCCAGUCCGAGUCGACCGACCUUCCCCCAAGUAAGCGCCGCAAGGGCAAGGGGCGCGCCGACAACAACCCGUACGCUGGCCAUCCGUGGGACUGCACCGGCCUGGUGCCACGGUACACCGACAUGUCGCAGGUGCCUAAGGAGCUUAAGAAAUACUUUGCUCAGCGCCACUCGCUCUUCCCCGCGUACUCGCGCCUGCCACUGUUGAUGGACGACACGGGGUGGUUCAGCGUCACGCCGGCCGCGAUCGCGGAGCAUAUUGCUGAACGCUGCCGCUCCGACGUCAUCCUCGACGCGUUUUGCGGUGUUGGUGGCAACGCCAUCGCGUUUGCGCAGACGUGUGAGCGCGUCAUUGCGAUGGACAACGACCCGGUUCGGCUCCGCUUGGCACGACACAACGCACUCCACCACGGCGUGGCGGACCGCAUCGAGUUUGUGCUGUGCGACUAUGUGGCAUGGGCACGAGCGUACACAGCAUCAGGCGGUGCAGACAAGGAGCACAUCGACGUCGUGUUUCUCUCCCCGCCGUGGGGAGGACCAGAGUACCUCAGCUUCGGGGACGACUCGCCUCUGUAUCCCCUGUCGGCGGUCGAGCCGAUCCCAGGCGACGAGCUGUUCCGCCUCACGGCAAAGGUGACGCCCAACAUUGCGUACUUUCUUCCUCGGAACGUCGACGUCGACGAGCUGGGUGUGCUGGCUGAGGAGCUGGGCGAGAGCGUGACGGAGGCGGAGGGCGAACGCGACCGCGAGUGGGUGGAGGUCGAGGAGGAGUGGGUCGGGGACAAGCUCAAGGCCGUGACGGCGUACUAUGGGGCCUUGGUGAGGUAG